AUGAAUCGUAAACGGACAACGAGUCCGUCGGCGGAUCAAAAUAAUAAUCAAAUUGUUAAAAAACAAAAAACAAAUCAAAUAUCAGCCUUUGCAUCUUCUCCAACAUGUGCGUCAUCCUCUUUGUCCACAAUAACUAUAACACGAUCACAAUUAACAUUAAAACCGUACACCAUUGGUCAAUUAAAAAGUGUGACAUUAAUUAAUUUCAUGAAUCAUAGUAACUUUAAAAUAAAAUUUGAUUCAACACAUCUACAAAUUGUUACUGGAAAGAAUGGUUCUGGUAAAUCGGCAAUAGCCAAUGGUAUUUGUUUAGCUCUAGGAGCGCGUGCAAAUACAACUGGACGUACACAAAAUGCACAAUCAUUUGUCAAAAAAAAUAGCAGAUGUCAUGAUUUUCCAGCUAAUUUUUCGACAGCUCUUACAAGCUACAUAAGUUAUGCUGAGAUUACUCUAGUGUUGGCAAAUGAGGGUCCCGAAGCUUAUUUACCAUCUGUGUAUGGAAAUGAAAUUCACAUAACACGAAAAAUCGGCAUCCGACAAUCGUUAAACUCUUAUAGGAUUUGUUCUUCAUCCAAACAAUUAAAAUCAACGAAAAAAGAAACAAUUUCCGAUAUUCUACAAGCUUAUGGGAUUUCACCUGAAAAUCCACUAUGUGUUCUACAUCAAGAAAUUGCCAAGAAAUUUUUACAAGGAACUGAUCAUUAUGCAAAAUACAAUUUUUAUAUGAAAGCAUCACAGUUGGAAAACAUGAGAAUACAUUAUGAAGAUAGUUUAAGAUCGGUUGAUUCCGUGAGAAAUCGACUGGAUGAAAUGAAGAUGAAAGUAGAUGAAAUACGUCGAGAAGCAGAACCAUCACGUCGUCAAGUUGAAAUCAUGCAAAAAUAUCAAGAAAAUGAAAAGAAACAAAGUAAAUUAGAAAAUGAAUUGAAAAUUGCUGAAUUGAAUGAAUGUGAACAAACAUUAGCAAAAUUUCAACAGAAACUAGAUUUACUUCAACAAAAAAAACGACAGACUGAAGAACUUUUGAAAAAAAAAACAGAUGAAAUAUUAGAUUAUGAGAAUCGUUAUCAGAGUAUUGAACAAAUAAAAAAUGAUUUAGAACUCGAUCUUAAUCAUGAUUCAAAGGGUUUAAAAUCAUUUCUAUCAGAUAAAGAACGUAAAAUAAAAGCUUUAAAAUCCGAAAUUAAUAAAAAAUCUAAAUUAGCCGAACUAUAUUCUGAACAAUGUGAAGAAUUAGAACAAAAACGUCGACAAACACAACAAGAUAUUCUUGAAUAUAAUAAAACAGCACAAAAGGAGAUGACACUUGAACUACAAAAACGUCAGAUUAUUGAUCAAUUAAAAUCUUCUAAUGAUGAAUAUGAAAAAAUGGAUCGAGAAAUACUUGAAGAAGGCCAAGAAUCAGUUAAACUUCAAGAUAUUAUUAAAACUAAACAAGACUCAUUAAAUGAUGUAAUAUUAAAGAAAGAUGAACGAAAACAACAAAUUCAAAAAUAUCAAAGUGCCAAAGAUAAUCAUUUAAAAUUAUUUGGUAUUUGGAUUCCGGAUUGUUUAAAUGAAAUUGAAAGAUAUGCUUCAGAGAAACGUUUUCAUAAAACACCAAUUGGACCAAUAGGUCGAUAUGUUCGAUGUCCAGAUCCAAAAUGGGCUCAUGCUGUUGAACGUUGUCUUGAUAUGUUGAUGAUGUCUUUUAUUUGUUGUGAUAAUCACGAUGAACAACUUCUAAUAAAUAUUCUUUCAAAAUAUGCUCGAGAUCGUCCUCAAAUAAUAACCAUGCCAUAUCAAAAUAAAAUAUACGACAUAUCAUUAUCAUUGAAUCGAAUAAAAAAUGCUGGUCUCAAAAGCGUUUACACUGUAUUAGAAAUUGAUGAUAUAACAGUGGCAUGUGCUUUAAUCGAUCAGGCAUCAAUUGAAUCUUGUUUAUUAUUAGAAGAUCUAAGUGAAGCAAGAAAAAUUAAAGAUUCAUCCUUGUUUAGAAAAAUGGAAAAAAAUAUCAAAUUUAUUCGAACUGGUAUGACGCCAGAUGGAUCACAGAUCAUGUUUGGACAACCAUUUCGAAUUUAUACAUCAGCACAUCGUUCACUUAAAUAUUUUUCACAUAAAGAUCGUUAUCCAUUGACAAUUGAAGAAAUAAAAAAUGAUAUGAAAAAUGAUGAUCAAAUAAUUAAUGAUAUACAGCAGACAAUAAAUUUUACUAAAGAUAAAUUAAAUAAUUUAUGUAAAAUAUCAGAUGAAAAACAACGAAAAAUAAAAAUUUUGCAAAAAGAAAUUCAAACUUUAAUAAAAGAAAAAGAUGUUCUUAAUUCGACGUUGCCUGUUGUUGUUGAUAUAUCCGUUGAAGAAUUAGAACAAACUCAAAAUGAUUUAGAUCUUGCUUUAAAUGCGAAACGAAAUAUAUUUCAAGAGACUACUGAAGAUUUGAGUACGAUAAAUAUUGAGUUAAAUGAUAAUGAACUACAUGCCGAUAAUAUUGCGAAAAAAAUUUGUUCAAAAGAGAAAGAAUUAAUUGAUAUUCAUUUAAGACAACAAGAUAUUAUGCAAGAUAAACAUAAUUUAGUGAAUGAAGAAAAACAAUUAGAGAAAAAAGUCAAUGAUUAUAAUAUGAAAAUACAUCAUGAAAAUGAGACAAAAGCAAAAUUAAUUGAAACAAAAAAACAUUUAAUCAUGACGAGUAAUCGACGAACGAAUGAAAAUGUACGUUCAUCAAAAUUAAUUCAUAAAGACUUAGAAGAAAUUAAGCAAUUUCAAAAGAUGCAUCAUUCGAUGUCUGAUUAUGCAACAAGAAAGAAAAUUGCCAAUGAAUACGCGCAAAAACGUGAUUGUAAAAAAGAUUACAUUCAAAAAUAUCAAAAAAACGUUUUAAUGCUGAAACAACUCGAAGAGUUUGUCACAAAACGAAAGAAGGGUUUUGCUGAAAUAGCUGGCAUUCAUGAACACAUGGUUCGUGCCCGAUAUCGACAUUUUAUGCAACAGAACAAUUUUGAAGGUUCAGAUAUUAUUAUUAAUCAUAAAGAAGAAAAAUUGACUAUUAAAAUGGGAAAACAUACAGAUUUGAGAUCAUUAUCGGGUGGUGAAAGAUCUUUAUCAACAUUUUGUUUUCUACUAUCAUUAUGGACAACAAUUUAUCAGCCGUUUCGUGUUAUGGAUGAAUUUGAUAUUUACAUGGACAAUGAAAAACGCAAUAAAACUAUUCGAAUGUUACAUGAGAAUACUAAAUAUGAUUUAUCACAACAUAUCAUAUUUACUCCAUUAAACGUUGAUAAUGAUUUUUUAAGAUCUGUCAAUGUUAAUGUACAAGGAAUGCCCGAUCCAAAACGUUGUGCAAUAGUGAUUGACUGA